GAGUGGCGUAUGCAGAGAGCGAGCGAGCGAGCAUGGGUCCCGGACCAAAGCACGGUCGCAGACGUCGUCGUCAGUCAGGCUUGUUUGUUCCUUCACUCCACCAAACACCAGAAAUCUGUUGCCGCCGCCUGCCGCUUAUUAUGGUGCCAUGGAACGAAGCAAACCAAUCAAUCACAGCCACAAGGUCGUUCCCGGUCCUCCUCCACCGCCGCCGGCCGCCGGCCGCCGCCUAUGCUUUCCUCUCCCGGGAACCCCCAUCCACGCAGGCCGGAUCAGCUCACAGCUGAAUAUAUGGUACUCCCUUCGACCAAAGUUGUACUAGAGCUGCAGCAAUUAAUUUGGGUGGGAGGGAGUACCUACUUCGGAGUCGAACCCUCUCGUUGGCCUUCAGGCUUCAGCACAAGAAACAGCUAGCCUUUAUGCAUACAGCAUACUAGUAACAACUACAUUCAGUUUAGGCUUCAGUUUAGUUUACGUGCCUGCACACUCUGAGUCUGACAAGAAUGAGUUUAUCAUUUCAUUCGCUUUGCAAUCUGUCCUGCGAUGGAGGAAGACCAUGAUGCUCUUGGCAUUCUAGAUUCAUCACUGUACGCUUCAUCUUGCACAAACAUGCUUUUUUGCCUUUCAGGUCUGAACUCUUAAUGUAUACAGCAAGUCAUAUUGGCUAUACUUUUGGUCUCUACGAAUGAUUUUAUUCUGCAUGGGGCAUACUGAAGAUACUUAUUUGACCAAAAGUUUGUUCGAGACUUGCCUGUGAUACUGGUGUUCAAGCAAAAGACUCCGACUGUCUGACAGCAUGGAAACAUACACCACGGAUGACGCGCUUUCGGCCAUGGGGUUUGGCAAAUUCCAGGCGCUUGUUCUUGCUUAUGCAGGCAUGGGUUGGGUCGUAGAAGCCAUGGAGCUCAACCUACUGUCAUUUGUCGGACCGUUGGUUCGGGAGGAGUGGCAAGUCUCUGCCCAAGAUGAGAGCCUACUCUCAAGUGUGGUCUUUGCCGGCAUGCUAACCGGCUCACUUGCUUGGGGCUUUGUUUCUGACAGAUAUGGUAGAAGGACCGUUUUGCUGUUUUCAGCUCUGUUUACUAGCGGAAUGGGCUUCUUAAGUGCCUGGUCUCCCAACUAUUUGUGCUUGAUGGCUCUUCGGUUUCUCGUCGGCGUAGGAGUGGGAGGUGGGCAUGUGUUCUCAUCUUGGUUUUUGGAGUUUGUUCCUGCGCAAAAUCGCGGCACUUGCGUAGUUCUUUUUUCGCUUUUUUGGACUAUCGGUACUAUCUUGGAGGCUUCACUUGCAUGGGUUGUCAUAUCGGCAUUGAAUUGGCGGUGGUUGCUAGUAUUGACCUCCAUUCCAUGCUUCCUCUUGCUUCCAUUCUUUCGAAUAAUACCUGAAUCACCACGCUAUCUUUGUGCACAAAAUAGAAUGUCAGACGCUACACUUGUCCUGGAGAGUGUCUCUAUGAUAAACCAAGAAGCUCUUCCUCCUGGAGUUCUCACAUACCACCGUGAAAGUAAAGUUGGCACUCUUACAUCUGAGACCGAAAUAGAUCAUCUUCUUCCAGUCAGAGAGACAGAAUGCAAAGCUAACAAUGCCUUGAGCUUCAAAUCUGGCGCCGCUGCGGCACUGCGAAGACUAUUGUCACCAGCAUUGCGCAGAUCAACUCUUCUUCUUUGGUUUGUUUACUUUGCAAAUUCCUUUGCUUAUUAUGGGGUAGUCUUGCUGACAUCUCAGCUGAGCGAUGCCAAUACAAACUGCCCAUCUGGGCUGACAAACUUACAGCGUCAAGAAGAUGCUAACCUUUACAGGGAUACAUUUGUUACCAGUUUAGCAGAGAUUCCUGGUCUAAUUGUAUCUGCCGUUCUUGUUGAAUGGAUUGGCCGAAAAGCUACAAUGUGGUCCAUGCUCUUCACUUGUGCUGCUUUCCUUGGGCCACUAGUACUUCAUCAGGAUGAGCUAUUUACAACGGCCCUCUUAUUUGGUGCUCGCGCAUGUGCCAUGGGUAGCUCCACAGUUCUAUGUUUAUAUGCUCCAGAGGUAUAUCCAACAUCAGUCCGCUCGACCGGCGUUGGAAUUGCAACCUCCAUUGGUAAAAUUGGUGGGGUUAUAUGCCCUCUUGUCGCUGUCGGCAUGCUACGCACCUGCCAUCAAAUGGAAGCUGUUUUUGUGUUUGAGCUGGUGUUAUGCCUCGCUGGAGUGGCCUGCAUUCUCUUCCCUGUAGAAACCAAGGGCCGUGAAAUUGACUGAUGUUAAAUAUAUUAGUGUAUAUAGCUAGUAAUUCAUUGACAUGAAGAUGUCAAGUUUGGCUGGAUUUCUUACAUUUUUGGAGGUACAUGUGGAUGUGGGGUUCCGGCAAACCCUUAAGGUUCGAA